CCUCCCCCCUGGCGUCCAGCCCCUUUGUCCUCCUGCAGCUGAGCUGGAGCAGGAGUCCAGGCAGAGCGGCAAGGACACCGGAGCCCAGACUGCCAGGGUGCAGCAGCAGGACGUACAGGAGUGGUCAGGAGCAGCAGCAGCUGCAGAGCACCUGGGUGAGGCCAUGGCCAGGAUGCUGGAGGGCCCAUUGCUGGAGGAGUCGGAGCCCGGCUCCGUGGCGCCGUGCGCGGGGUCCUGCCACGCACAGCGCGUUCUACAGACUCUCAACGCGUACCGGCGGAGCGGCACCCUCACAGACGUGGUGCUGCGCGCCGGUGGCCGCGAUUUCCCGUGCCACCGCGCGGCGCUCAGCGCGGGCAGCGCCUACUUUCGCAGCCUGUUUGCAGCCGGGCAACCGGAGCGCGGGCAACCGGAGCGCGGCCUGCCCGUGGUGCCCCUGGCGCCCUUGGCCUCGGAGGCGGGGCCGGACGCGGCGGCGGCGCUGGCAGUGGUGCUCGACUACGUGUAUGGCGCGGGCGUGCAGCUGCGCGCUGAGGACGAGGCGGCGGCUGUGCUGGCGCUGGCCGAGCGGCUGGGCGUGGCGGGCCUGCGCGAGGCCUGCGCCAGCUUCCUGGAGGGCCGUCUGCGCGUCACCAAUAGUCUGGCACUACGUCGCGUGGCCGCCGCCUUCUCGCUUGCCUCGCUGGCCGAGCGCUGUGGCCGCGUGCUGCGCCAGGCUUUUGUCGAAGUGGCGCGCCACGCCGACUUCUUGGAGCUGGCGCCUGACGAAGUGGCGGCGCUGCUGGCCGACCCGGCCCUGGGCGUGGCGCGGGAGGAGGCCGUGUUCGAGGCGGCCAUGCGCUGGGUGCGCCACGACGCGCCGGCCCGCCGUGGGCAGCUGCGGCGCCUGCUGGAGCACGUGCGUCUGCCCCUGCUGGCGCCCGCCUACUUCCUGGAGAAGGUGGAGGCGGACGAGCUGCUGCAGGCCAGCCGCGAGUGUCGCCCGCUGCUGCUCGAGGCCCGCGCCUGCUUCAUCCUGGGCCACGACGCCGGGACGCUGCGGGCCCGGCCGCGGAGAUUCAUGGACCUAGCUGAAGUGAUCGUGGUCAUCGGCGGUUGCGACCGCAAGGGGCUCCUGAAGCUGCCCUUCACCGACGCCUACCAUCCAGAGAGCCGGCGCUGGACCCCACUGCCCAGCCUCCCAGGCUACACACGCUCAGAGUUCGCUACCUGUGCUCUCCGCAAUGACGUCUAUGUUUCCGGAGGCCACAUCAACAGCCGUGAUGUGUGGAUGUUUAGCACCCCUCUGCACACCUGGAUCAAGGUGGCCUCGCUGGUCAAGGGCAGGUGGAGGCACAAGAUGGCAGUCAUGCAGGGGCAGCUGUUCGUGGUAGGCGGCUUCGAUGGUCUGCGGCGCCUGCGCAGUGUAGAACGCUACGACCCCUUCUCCAACAGCUGGGCGGCUGCGGCGCCGCUCCCCGAGGCCGUGAGCUCGGCGGCAGUGGUGUCCUGCGAGGGCAGGAUCUACGUGAUCGGGGGUGCUGGCCAGGACGGUGUCAGCACCAACAAGGUGCAGUGCUUUGACCCCAAGGAGGACCGAUGGAGCUUGCGAUCUCCAGCACCUUUCUCACAGCGGUGUCUCGAGGCUGUCUCCCUUGAGGGCACCAUCUAUGUGGUGGGGGGCCUCAUGAGCAAAAUCUUCACCUAUGACCCUGGCACAGAUGUCUGGGGAGAGGCAGCUGUCCUCCCCAGCCCUGUGGAGAGCUGUGGUGUGACUGUGUGUGACGGGAAGGUCCACAUCCUUGGUGGGCGGGAUGAUCUCGGGGAGAGCACCGACAAGGUCUUCACCUUUGACCCCAGCAAUGGGCAGGUAGAAGCCCAGCCAUCUCUACAACGCUGUACCAGCUCCCAUGGCUGUAUCACCAUCAUUCAGAGCCUGGGCAGGUAACUCAGACUUGAAAAGCCUGAGCCAGGAAGCAGGCUCACCACUGCUCCCCUCAUGGCACCUCCAUGUAAAUAACCCUUAAUUUAUUGCCCCCCUUUCUUGUAGAAAUAAAACCUCCUUCAAAGGUUGGGCCUAUGUUCCA